AUGAAGACAUCACCCGUUGGUUUGACGACGCUCUUGCUACUCGCCGCCCAGCGUGUGUCUGGCCAUGGCUACCUGGUUCGGCCCCUGGCCAAGUUCAUCAGCCCCAACAUCGACAAGACCCAGUACUUAUCGACCAUCGACAGCUACAAGCUCUUCCCCGACGGGACGUUCAACACGGACCCAACGAUCAAUGUCGAGUCCUUCGUCGAGAACUUCAAGAAGUCGAAGUACAAGAGCGUCAAGGCGAUGAUCGAAGACAACCAGGUGCUGGUCUCAAAAGACGCCACAGCCUCUUGCGGGUUCUCCGACCCAGCACAAACCAGCUACGGUGCGCUCAACGACACCAUUUACUGGGGCAGGAACGACGACCUAACGCUAGACGAAGGCUUCGUGCACAUGGGCCCUUGCGAGACCUGGUGUGAUGACAACCGAUCCCAGCAAGACAUGAACUGCCAGGUGACGUAUACCCCUGCGUCGGGCAAGGGGGCUGCCCCAGUCCCGAUCGACAACUCCGUCUGCAAGAAUGCGAAGCGUCUCACCUUCUACUGGGUUGCUAUGCAUGGCGCGACCUGGCAAGUUUACAGUAAGUGUUGCUCCUUCCUAGUUGUGCUGACGAAUUGGAAGCUAAUUAUCCGUCUCCAUUGUUGUGUUAUGUAG